AUGGAUGAUAUAAAAUUAUCGAACUUUGAAAUCCCUUCAGAUUUAAUUAAACCUGCGGAUCCACUUGAUGACUCGGGAAGUAAAUGUCGUGUUAAGAAAAGAAUGUACUUUAAGUCACCUGUGGCUGAAAAGGAAAUCGGACAAUUCAAAAAAAAUGAUCAAAGACUUCGUGAUUUGGAAAAAGAAGUCAAAUAUAUUCAUAAAAUUUGUAAUUGUAGCUCUUAUCUUACAUUCUAUGGUUACACUCGUCGAAACACAAGUUACAGCGCUAUUUGGAAAUGGGGUGGCUAUAACCUACAAGCUUAUCUUGCGGAGAACCCGAACCUGGAAUGGAAAAUAAGACUAUCGAUCGCACACGGGAUUUCUAACGCGUUAAACUUUAUUCAUAAAGAGGAGAUCCUACACUAUGACAUUAGAAGCCCUUGCUUGCAAGUUAAACUUCAUGGUUUUCGUUUAGCGGAAGAUUCAUCUAUUUCACCGGUUAUGUUAACUUCAGCUAGAGAGCGUACGGAUCCUAGAUGGACUCCUCCCGAAAAAACUCGAGAUAAAAU